CGGCUGCUAGUUGAAUCUCCACAGCAACAAACUCCAACGUUGACCUUGAGGUAACGGGCAGCAAUGACACCGGCAAGGAGAUCACACCAACGGCUCAGUUAUCCUUGGAGUGCUCCACCCCAAUGUCCUCGAUGAAUCCUUGUGCAUAUCGUCGAUUAUUCCUGCACCACGAGCCACCAUGAAUCUGGCUUUGAUUGACCCGUUUGUUCUUGCUCAAGACUACCCAGAUGCCCUCACGGGCAAGCUCCGCAGCGGACACGCUACUUGCUUACGAUUCAACCGCAAGGGUGACUUCCUAGCUUCUGGACGAGUUGAUGGCACCGUCGUGAUAUUUGACGUGGAGACCAAUGGCGUCGCCCGAAAGCUACGAGGGCAUAGCAAACAGAUUCAAUCGCUAAGCUGGUCGAGAGACGGCAGAUAUCUACUCAGUUCUUCACAGGAUUGGAAGUGCAUAUUAUGGGAUAUGAAAGAUGGCUCCCGCGUGCGAACCGUGAGAUUCGAAGCCCCAGUAUACAUUGCCGAAUUCCACCCAUUUAACCACUGGCUUUUUGUCGCUUCAUUGUUUGAAGAGCAACCAGUUCUCGUCGAUAUAUCCGCACCGCGGCCCGUAAAACGGAUUCUCCCUUCCGCUCCCCUGCGACCUCAUCUCGAAGACACCGAUCCGGCGGUAGUUGCAAAACAAGCGGCACAAGACGCGAAACAUUCAACUUGCGUCACAAUAUUCACUGCACUUGGAAACCACAUAAUAUCAGGCACAUCGAAGGGUUGGAUUAACAUCAUCGAAACCCAAACGUGCACUACAAUCCACUCAACGAGACUAUGUAACGGCGUCGUAAUCCUCCUCCGCCUUGCUAGAAACGGACGUGAUCUACUCGUCAACAGUUCAGACCGCGUCAUUCGCACAAUACUGAUACCCGACCUGUCCCAGCUUGGCGUCAGCCUCGAUCCCUCCGCUAUAAAGCUCGAAGUCGAGCACAAAUUCCAAGACGUCGUCAACCGCCUGAGCUGGAACCACGUCGCCUUCUCAUCCACAGGAGAAUUUGUUACGGCCUCCACCUUCAUGAACCAUGACAUCUACGUCUGGGAACGCAGCCAUGGUUCUCUCGUGAAGAUCCUCGAAGGCCCGAAGGAAGAACUAGGCGUUGUAGAAUGGCAUCCUAGCCGUCCGAUGGUGGCAGCCUGCGGCCUCGAGUCGGGAUGCAUAUAUACAUGGUCGAUAGUGAGCCCGCAGAAAUGGUCUGCGCUAGCGCCGGAUUUUGCAGAGGUAGAGGAGAAUGUCGCGUAUGUGGAGCGCGAGGAUGAAUAUGACAUCCACCCCGCUGAGGAGGUGCAUCAGCGCCGUCUAGAUCUAGAGGAUGAGGAACCGGACGUUUUGACCAUUGAGCCGGUCAAGGGCGAAGAGGAUGAUGCGGGGGGUGCCUUGCAUGCCUUCCGCAUGCCUGUCCUACUCGAUAUAAGCGACAGUGAGAGCGAGGAUGACAUCGUGGCUGUGGGACCGGGGACCAUGCGGCGAAGAAGUCCCGGUGCGGCGAAGGAACCAGUCAAUAAUAGUGCGGGCGGUAAUAAUGGUGGGGAAAGCGGAGGUGCUGCUGUUACGAAUAAUGGCAUGGGCCGUGCUCAAAACAAGGGGCGGCGGAGAUAAGGCACCAGAGAAUUUUGAUAAUAAUGACGAUCGUGAUGUAUUAUGAUGAAAGGACAGCUCAAGAUGUGUGUGCUCAUUUGCCAAUGGGAUGUGUGUUAUCUUGUGUUAGGCCCCCAAGAACUCUCCCGCACAUCUAUUGUUAGAGGGUGAAAUACCUGUUGGUUCUUCGAGCUGAAUUUCUUACCCAACGUGGCGCACCAUUCACCCUGGGAGGUUCUUAAUAUUCAUCAUAGUGGGAUGUUGCAGUGUUUCAUUCCAACUUGUAAUAAAAUAAACAAUGCAUCAUUCCAGGUCCGAUAAACGGAGGACAAUAUAACUCUCCUUCCCGUUGCCCUACAUCACACCAACCGUGAAGAAAACAAUAGGCUACGAAUCCAAAGGGGAAAAUCCGGAAAUAGACAAGGAAAAAGAAAACAACAGAAAAAAAGCAAAGAGAAAACAGAGAAAGCACACAUAUCAUUUUCCACAACAAUGUUAAAUAUCUUGUCAGCGCACACGUAAUGUAUGUAUGUACAUGUACAUGUACAUAGUUACAUACAUCCAUACAAACCAAGAGAAAAAGCGAAAAAACCGGGUUAAAACCAGCGGCGAAGCCCGCUCGCCCGCGCCGCAUCAUGGCAAAAAAGCACCAACGAGCUAGGAGGUGACUGGCUAAAUUGGAUAUACAGCAGCGAGCCCCCAAGUCCAUGUUCGCGCGUGCAGUAUCCGCUCUGUCGGGUCCUGAGAACAAAGAGGGAAAAAGAAAAGAGGGGAGCGAAGGAGGCGCUGGCAUGCUCUGCGAUUCACUUCAACAUCUGCAUUGUUGCUCUUAUCUUCCACCAGUUUCCAAUGUCUUUCAGUGGAAAUGAUAUGAGUAAAAAGAACAACCACUAACUAGUGAAACUUGGGGGCGGUGGGAAAGAAUAGAAACAAUAGCGAGAGUAAGAGGUUGUGCGAAGAGAAACAAAGGGAGGGAGCCAAUCACCUGGUUGGAUUGUAUAGUUCAAAAAGAACCUGUGGGCUGGAUAAACGAAAAACGUUGGGUUGUUUCUGUCUGAAGCAAGGCGGAGCAAGAAUAUAUGGAAAAGCAAGUUGUGCCAGGUCAGGUAAGGCAAAAGAAGUAACCUUUUUCUGCUGAUUUUAUAUAUUUUUCUAUUCCGCUCUCCCACCUGAAAAAUGAACAAUAGUAAUAGUUGGAAGGGAUGUAUGGUUGGACAAUUAAUCGUGGUGAGAUUAGGAUGGAAGAAUGCGCGAAAUAGGGAUAUGGACAUGCAUAUAUGGAGGAUAAAAAUAGUUUAUAUCGAAAGAAAAAUAAAGUAGCAGUAUAUAUAUGACAACAAAUAGGAAAGAAGGAUAACAUCUUUGGAAUAUUUAGUGAAUGGGUCACCAAAGCAAGAAAAGAGAGGGCCAGGAAUGGAGAGAAAGAGAGAGCGCCAUACAAGCUAGACAUCAAUCAUUCAUCGUAUCGAGAGUCAUUAUAUCAUCCUCACCAAAAGAAAGGAAGGCAUGAGGAUACAGAAAACAAGAGAAACCUCCAUCAUGGUUCCCCCGCUAUGGCUUUUGAUGUCUUUCCGAUCUAUGUGUAUAUCAUGGUUAAUAAUAAAAAAAAUUAUUCAUGUCCAGGAACCCAGGAGAGAAUGCUGUCGACGGAAUGGAAGAGGUACAAGGGCUCAAUAACGAUCGACAAACAAAAUUAAAUGAAAAAUUUUCAAAAUUAAAUGAGCAGGCAAAAUCAGGGAGGAAACGUCUAUAGUUGUUGAGGG